CCAGGAAACAGGAAAUUAUUUUAAGGAAGUAACCUUAAGUGUAACUGAGUUGUUGCCUUUCUCACUCUGCAUAUAGCCUAAUCAGUAACAUGACAGAAGCCAGAAUUUCAGUGGAUGAAAAUGAGUUUAUCUGUCCAGUGUGUUUGGAACUCCUGAAGGAUCCAGUUGCCAUUCCGUGUGGACACAGUUACUGUAAGAGCUGUAUUACAGGCUGCUGGGACCAGGAGGACCAGAUGAGAGUCUACAGCUGUCCUCAGUGCAGACAGACCUUCAGCCCAAGACCUACUUUAGGUAAAAACACCAUCCUGGCUGAAGUGGUGGAGAGACUGAAGAAGACUAAAAUUCCUGCUGACUGUUACGCUGGAGCUGGAGAUGUGGAGUGUGACGUCUGUACUGGAAAAAAAUACAAAGCUGUCACAUCCUGUCUUGCAUGUCUGAGCUCUUACUGUCAAACCCAUCUUGAACAACAUGAGAGCUUCUUUAAAGAGAAGAAACACACUUUAACUGAGGUCACCGGACGACUUCAGGAGAUGAUCUGCCAUGAACAUGACAAACAGCUGGACAUGUACUGUAUUACUGACCAACAAUGCAUUUGUGUACUGUGUACAAAAUAUGAGCAUAAAAAUCACAACACUGAAUCUGCUGCAUCCCAAAGGACAAAGAAACAGACACAGGUAAAGAACAUGCAGACAACCUUCCAUCAGAGAAUCCAGCAGAGAAAGAAAGAUCUUAACCAAUUGAGAGAAGAUGUGGAGUCUUAUAAGCGCUCUGCAAAGACAGCAGUAGAGCACAGUGAGAGGAUCUUCACUGAGCUCAUACGCUCCAUAGAGAAAAUGAGCUCUGACGUCACACAGCAGAUCAGAGGUCGGGAAAAGGCUGCAGUGAUUCGAGCUGAAGGACGAUUGGAGCAACUGGAGCAGGAGAUUGCGGAUCUUAAGAGAAAACACACUGAGCUGGAACAUCUUUCACAUACACAGAAUCACAUUCAUUUCCUGCAGAGUUUCCAGUCUCUCUCAGCACCACUUGAAUCUACAGACGUACCCACAAUUCCCUUCAGUUCUCUCUUUUCCUUUGAUGGCAUGCAAAAAUCCAUCUGUCAACUCAGGGACAAACUUGAGGAUGUCUUCAAGGAGGAACUUAAAAAGAUCUCUGAAACAGUCACGUCCACCAACAUGAUUCCCUGGACCAGGAAUGAUUUUCUUCACUAUUCUCAUCAGCUCACUCUGGACACAAACACAGUGAGCAUCUUCUGCUUAACUGAGAAUAAGAGAGUGAUUACAGUUACUGACACGGCACAGCCGUAUCCUGAUCACCCAGACAGAUUUGACGUGUGUCAGGUGUUGUGUAAAGAGAGUGUAUGUAGACGCAGUUACUGGGAGCUUGAGUGGAGUGGGAUGUGUGUGUGUGUAUCAGUCUCAUAUAAGAGCAUCAGCAGGAAGGGAGAGGGCAUUGAAUGUGUGUUUGGAGGUAAUGAGCAGUCUUGGAGUUUGUUCUGCUCUCCUUCCAAAUGCUUGUUCUGGCACAAUAACUUAAAGACUGUUCUCCCUGCAGUGCCCAGCCAUAGAAUAGGGGUAUAUGUGGAUCACAGCGCAGGAACUCUGUCCUUCUACAAUAUCUCUGACACAAUGAGCCUAAUCCACACAGUCCAGACCACAUUCACUCAGCCACUUUAUCCGGGGUUCUGGGUUUAUUAUGAAUCAUCAGCAAAACUUUGUGAUAUUUCAUGAUAAAAGAGUAACGGUGAUAUGGUAUAGCCACUUAUUUUCUUUUCAUUACAUUCAUACUACGGCUUAGUAUUUGUUAUUAAAAUGACAUUUCAGAAAAGUCUAAAUGUCGUGUGAUAAAUAUGCACGUGCUUUUCUCAAGUUCUCUGUGUGUCAACAAAAAUCAUUUGGGUUUUUUUUAUUCUUUAUUAUCGAAUAAAACUUUUUAAUUAUUAAAAA